ACAUAGCUAGUUUGCAAGAUUGUUGUUAGACUCUGCUUUUCCUAAUCGUGAGGUUAAGACUUCCGAGCACAAUCUUUAGAACUCGUGUUUACAGCGAAUAGGAUCGAUAGCGAAUAAAAUAGACCUGCUCGGCUUGACAGUGGUCAGCUAUAUCAAUAGCUGGUUGACCACUUUUUAAGGUUAUAUCAGCUAGUUUUUGCUAUUGUGGUUGAGCUAGCAAGGUUAGCUAGCUAGCUAGGCAAUAGAACUAGCUAGCUAGGCUAGCUAGCCGUCUAAAGCCGUCUUCAGUUUAGGAGUGUUUAGCGACCUUUACUAGCAUAGCGACGAGCGAAACGGAGUGUUUUUCGGCAGCAUUGUAGGAUUCAAGCAAUACGAUGGAUAAAGCGGAUUUCCUUAAAGGUCUCCCUGUGUACAACAAGACCAAUUUCAGUAGAUUCCAUGCAGACUCCGUGUGCAAAGCAUCGAAUAGAAGACCGUCAGUAUAUCUGCCUACACGGGAAUACCCCUCAGAGCAGAUUAUUGUUACAGAGAAAACAAAUAUUCUUUUGCGCUACCUUCAUCAACAGUGGGACAAAAAGAAUGCAGCCAAAAAGCGAGAGCAGGAACAGGGUGAAGGAGGAAGUCCUGCACCUCCACGCAAGAUCGCCCGGACUGACAGUCAGGAGAUGAACGAGGACUCCUAAACUGGAUAGUUACCAAGCAGCACAAGGACAGGCACAAAAAUGACAGCUCUUUCAGAAGUUCAGAAAUACCUGGUCUACUUUUCAUGUAGACACCUGCACAUUAGACUUGGGUUUACUUAAAAAAAAGAGAGAGGGAGAGAAACCGAGAACUUUUUUAUGGUGUGCUUUUUUUAAAUUAUUAUUAUUAUUAUUAUUAUUAUUAUUAUUAUUAUUAUUAUUAAGCGCUUCCUGUCUAACUGUCUCUUUGUGCGUCCUUGAACAGCCUGGUGUUAAACCCUUGGGGGCGCUGUUAGCUUCCACUGCCAGAUUCUAUGGACCUGGUGCACUGUAAAUUGCUCAGGUAGGAUAGGGAGUCUUGUGGGCAAGUUCAAAGUACACCUUUGUUCAACAUGCAGGUGUUUGGCAGUGUGUGGCAAGCUUAGACUGCAUCACAGUGUUGUGAACGGAUGACGAAUGUGUUCAAAUAAGGCUCGUCUAACACUGAAUCGAGGACCUCCUUUGAUCUCUGAUCACUGUUGGUCUAGGUUCCCACUAGCUCAGCUGUGGAUGUUUUUUUUUUUUUUUUUUUUUUUUUUUUUAUAUAUAUAUAUUUUAAUUGACCUUACAAGCAACUCAAUUUUUUUUUUUUUUUUUUUUUUUUACACAAAUUAAGUGUAAGAGUAUUGGUUUAAGUCAUGUCGUAUCUUCUAGCGUGUGCCUAUUCGUGCAUGAACGCACUAUUAAGAUUUUGAUCUUUUGUUCUGAUGAUGUCUCGGAGAUGUUGCAGUGGUACUAUUUUCAAUAUGGAAAAAAAAACCAUACCAACUUACCAAUUACUCAGAUCUUUUCAUUGUAGAUGUGGAGGUAGUGCAAAAUAGCCAAAUAGCAAUGCCAACUCCCCCAUUAGCUCCACUCAGAAUAACACAGCUUCUGAAGCAGUUGGUUAGCCCUUCCAGUGUUUUAAUAAAAUCAGUUACUUUGGUCAAGAGCCAUGUGUGCUGGACCAAUUUACAUCCUUUCUGACUUCUGCUCAGGAUCAUUUGUUAAAGGCCCACAGAGGUAAUGUCAGGGUUUUUUUUUUUUUACCUGCAAGUUUAGUGUCUCUCCAGUUUGAGGAUUUGGUCUUGAAGCACUAAAAGCUACGCAAGUUUUUUGUUUUUCCUUUACCCACUUUGAAAUGUUUGGCUUUGUAUGUAUGAGCACUGAGAUCAGAAAUGUACAGGUAAAAACAGCAGCUGAAGGCAGUUGAAAGCUUUGUGCAUGGGUCUUACGUAUGUGAUUCACCUGGUAUAAUGCGAGCGCAGUGGCCCUGGGCUACAUCCCUCUGUCCAGGCCACUGCAUUUUGAAGUGUUGGGCAAGGAAAUGCUAAGGUGUAUCAGCUUAUCUAAGCACUCCUUUCCCCUAUUCACUGGAAAGUUUUGUGUGUUCAUUCUAUUAUUAAAAAGUUUAAAUUGCAAACAAAGCCAUUAAUGUUGGCUAAAGCAUGUAUUUACUGUGGCUAUAGCAGGCUAUUUGGGUUUUGGCAAGACAAGGAGCCAAACCUGACACUGUUAACGAAAGGCUAAUCUGUGAGGGAAGGGGGAUCACUGCCAUCAUCUACUAGGGUGUAUUUGCAUUCAUAAUAGCAAAGAUUGAUCCUUGUUGCAUAUAACUCACUCCUACACCAAAUUCUAACAUUAACCAAUGUCCUGCGCACAACUGAUUCUUGUGUAUAUGCAUAACCUUAAUCAACUGUUCUGUGAAUGACACGUUGCACAGUAAGUUCUUCGGACUGAGUUUUGUAACCAGAUUAGAUAACGCCCUCUCCUUUUUACCUCUGGAUCCUGGAUCUCUACCUAAGCAGUAACCUUGCAAGCACCACAGAUGUCUAAACAUUUUGGUGUCUGACAGUGGGCAUUCUGUAUCCCCCUUUUCCCACAGUAACAGACGUUUAGACCUCAUUGUGCUUAAACACCCUGCUGCUAUGUUUAUUGACUCUAGUGUAAUAUUGCCUGCUAAUAAUUGCUCAGACCAACAUGCUCUAGAGUAUAUAGCUAUGAUCCUGCCUUAUUAAACAUGUGGAGUGCGUUCAGAAUACAAAUCAGCAAAUUGCAGCAAACUGUCCCUUGUCUCAUUCAUAAUUGUGUAUUACUGAUCCUCCCUGAAUUUGUAUUUUCUCUUGAAAGCCUUCUCAAUUACUUUAUAUGUUAGGUCAGCGUUGUUCCUUGAGGAAUAAAAAAUGCUGAGAAA